AUGCAAUCAGUAUCGCAGGCCCAACGAGGCUAUUCACAACGGCGCGCCGAUGACAUUACUUCGCAAUCAUCCAACGGUCAGAAUCGACCCAUGUCGCCAAAUGGAGUGUCAUCCAGAGCCUCGACAGCUUCCAUCAAGUCGUCGCAGAGCGCCAGCACCCGCCGAUCGGCUCGAGAGACUGCAACUUCAAGCUCCAGUGUCCCACUGUCGCAAAUCGAAAAGAGUGUCACCCAUUUACUCGUCGCUACCAAGCAGCUCCUCGAAACUCUCACACAAUGGUCUCGCGGCCAUGCGACCGACACUCAAGUCUCCGAUGUCUAUGUUCGUCUAGGCUACGAAUUCAAUAUGGCCUGUCGUGCCUUUACCGCCAUAAAUGUCGACACAUCCGACCUCGGCAACGUUCCUGAUCUGCUUCGAAGCAUUCUUGAAUCGACCCUGAGCCAAGAAGCCAGUGCUGAAAGCCUCGAACGAUACUUGCCACGCAUUAGAGAUAUCAUCAUCAACCUGCUCCAUGGUCUGAAGCGGAAGCAGCAGCGUCUGCGUCAACGACAGGCCCGAGACAGGGAAGGCAGUGGCGGCCUCCCCGAGCGUACGACGAGUAUGAGCACCAUCACAAGUGGAAGUAGUGGAGGCCUUACCAACAUGCUCGAUGAGGGUCUCGAGUCCGGAUACAAGCAAGAACAGCCUCGUUCAGAGGAACCCACGCCGCCAGGCCCUAGUUCUUCUCCCAGCCGUCGAUCCAAUGCGCCACGAGAGCCACCUCGUAAUCCUUUUCAAGCGAAUCGUUCACCCAUUCAGAAUGCGCCUUCUAUACCACCGCCUUAUCCCAGCGAUGAGGGCCAAAUGCCUUCUGGACCUUCUUCAGAAGUAAAUAUCGAAGCUUUUCCGCCUCCUCCACCGCCGCCCCCGGAGCCCCAGUCAAGCGCACUCGCGGCGUUGCAAAAGGGAGGUGAUUUGGAAAGACGAGCUUCACGACGUUACUCACAAUACCAAAUAUCGAAACACCUUGGUGCUGCCAAUGCAGUUCCUAUACUGCCGCAUCAAAACUCCCCUAUACCCAACCGCGGCCGCAAGGAAGCACGAGAAUCGUUGCAUGCGGUCCAGAAACGCGAGUCCGUAAGGCACAGUCGUCAUCAGUCAAACCAGUCCAAGUCUGCCUCCUCGCCAGCUCCAAUGAUAAGUGAGGAACGUUCUACGGAAACCAGAAAUGGAGUCGAUAGCCCCAUGGCUCAAACUCCCGAGGAUAAGUACGCCCCAAGCGCUACCUUAUCCAGCCCGCCCCCCGGGCCUCCGCACUUUUUGGAUGAGCCUAGAACAGCCGAACCAGAACGAAAAGUAACUGAGCGGCCCGAACACUUGCCCGCUGUCCCAGAACCAAAGGCCGAUUCGUAUUUUCAAGUCUCGCCACCACCCACCCCAACCAAAGACUUGACUCUGUUUCUUCAGUACAAGUCCAAGGUCAAAAAGAUUUUACUGCCAGAGGGCAGAAGUGAGCUCUCUAUUGGACGACUGCAGCUCGCAUUCAUCGAAAAGUUCUCUUGGAAUACACAGCAUAACGGUACUGAUCUGCCCGAAAUCUACAUCCAGGACCCUGUUUCAGGUAUUCGACAUGAAUUGGAGGACCUUUCCGAUGUGAAGGACCGGACUGUCCUCGUUCUAAACAUAGAAGCUCUAGACGAGGUCAAGCGUCACAUCGACGAUGGCAUCUCAGGACUGACUAAAAUUGUGCAGGACGUUCAGCACAAUAUUCAAAAUCAGGCGGCGACACUACAACAAGUUUCGGAUAGGCAACAGGAAACUGCCGACGAGGUCGCUCGCUUGGCUCUGGCGCCGCCCGGUGCUGUGCAAUCUGCCGACGGAUCCAAGGGCGUUGUCAGCACCGGACCUAGGCUUGGCGCAAGCCACGUUAGGCAGAUCCAGACUUUCCGCCGCGACAUUGCGGUAUUGCGACAAACGUAUUCGAAUUUUCAGUCCACAAUGGAAGCCUCUAUUUCUGCUGUGCGCCAGAAGGCUGCAAGCGUCAAAUCAGUAGCUGCGACCGCUUCUCAGCCUGAUUUGGAUGGGGAUCCCGGAUACUCAUAUGUCACGAAUGGCCGCAAGAAGCUCAAUGCCGAUUCUGACCGGUUGGUUGGCAAGGUGGAUGAUCUCCAGGACCUUAUCGAGGACAUGCGCAAAGACGUGGUCCACAGAGGUGUCAAGCCGCUACCGCGCCAGCUCGAGUCUGUCAGCAAUGAUAUUGCCGAGCUCACCAAGGCUCUCAAGACCAUGGAAGACUACAUGACUGAGGAGAAGCCUGUUUGGACCAAGAUAUGGGAAAAGGAACUGGAAGAUGUGUGCCAGGGCCGCGAUGAGCUGCGCCUUAUGGAGGAUUUGAUGGUUGAUCUACGUGAUGACCUGGAGAAGGCUACAGAAACAUUUGCCCUUGUCGAGCAAGCUAUGAAGGAGCAGAUGAAGGACAGCGGCGCCGGAGCCAACCCAGGGACGUCGCGCAUUCUCGCCAAGGGUCUGAGCAACCUUGGCAACAGCCUCAAUCAGAAUGCCGCCAAGGAAGGUGUACUGGGUGAAGUGCGCGCCCUGCAGCCCAACCACGAAAACCGACUGGAUGCGAUUGAGCGUGCGGCGAAGCUCCGUCAAAAGGAUCUUCAGAACCGCAGCGGCAACGAGCUCCAGCGCGAAAUUGCCGCGUUUGUGAGCGAAGGCAAGCUUAAAAAGUCGGGCGGCUUUGAGGAGGUUGAGAGGGCGAGGCUGGCCAAGGACGAAAAGAUUCGUCGCGAGGUCUGGGAGCGCAUGAAUGGCAUCGUUGCAGAUGAUGAAGGCGAGUACGAAGACGAAGAUGAAGAUGAAGAAGAGGAGGAGGAGGAGGAGGGGGAGGAGCUUGAAGGGGUUGAGGCUUUUGAAGAUGCCGAGACUGGCGUGGCGCCGGCCGAAGGCGCAGAGGCGGAAGGCUCGGCGCGCCACUCAGGAGGCUCGACUCGUCACUCGGGAGGCUCGGCGGGCACGCCUACGAAUAAGGAGUAA